AUGGCAAGCCCCACGACCGGCUACUCCAUAAAUGUCAAUGACCCCAGCUUGAUUUCACUGGUCAACAAGCUGCAGGAUGUCUUCUCCACAGUUGGUGUCCACAACCCGAUCGAUUUGCCCCAGAUUGUCGUCGUCGGAUCGCAAUCCAGCGGAAAGAGUUCAGUGCUAGAGAACAUCGUUGGUCGGGAUUUCCUGCCUCGUGGUUCCGGAAUCGUUACUCGGAGACCUCUCAUUCUGCAACUUAUCAACAAGACCCCCACUGCUCAGGCAAACGGCGACGGCAAGUUGGAGACAACGGACUCCGAGUCCAAUGUCGACGAAUAUGGUGAAUUCCUGCACAUCCAGGGCCAGAAGUUCUACGAUUUCAACAAGAUUCGGGAAGAGAUCGUUCGCGAAACGGAAACCAAGGUCGGCAAGAACGCCGGUAUCUCGCCCGCUCCCAUCAAUCUGCGCAUUUACUCACCCAACGUCCUCACCCUGACCCUCGUCGAUUUGCCCGGUUUGACCAAGGUGCCCGUCGGAGACCAGCCGAAGGAUAUUGAGCGCCAGAUCCGCGAGAUGGUGCUCAAGUACAUCAGCAAGCCCAACGCAAUCAUCUUGGCUGUCACAUCGGCCAACCAGGAUCUUGCCAACUCUGACGGUCUCAAGCUGGCGCGUGAGGUGGAUCCGGAGGGUCAGCGCACUAUUGGUGUGUUGAGUAAGGUUGAUCUGAUGGACGAUGGAACUGAUGUGGUGGAUAUUCUCGCUGGACGAAUUAUCCCCUUGCGCCUGGGUUACGUUCCCGUGGUCAACCGUGGCCAGCGUGACAUUGAGAACAAGAAGCCCAUUGCUGCUGCUUUGGAGAAUGAGAAGAACUUCUUCGAAAACCACAAGGCUUAUCGGAAUAAGGCUUCUUAUUGCGGUACGCCGUACCUGGCUCGCAAGCUCAACCUGAUUCUUAUGAUGCACAUCAAGCAAACCCUGCCCGAUAUCAAGGCCCGCAUUUCCUCCUCCCUCCAGAAGUAUACCACGGAACUUGGGCAACUCGGUGAUUCCAUGCUCGGCAACAGCGCCAAUAUUAUCCUGAACAUUAUUACGGAAUUCAGCAACGAGUAUCGCACAGUUUUGGAGGGUAACAACACGGAAUUGUCUAGCAUCGAGUUGUCUGGUGGUGCUCGUAUCAGUUUCGUGUUCCACGAGCUUUACUCCAAUGGUAUCAAGGCCGUUGACCCAUUCGACCUUGUCAAGGAUAUUGACAUCCGCACCAUCCUCUACAACUCUUCUGGUUCCUCUCCGGCACUCUUCGUCGGCACCACUGCCUUUGAGCUGAUUGUCAAGCAACAGAUCAAGCGGUUGGAAGAGCCCAGCUUGAAGUGUAUCUCACUGGUCUUUGACGAGUUGGUCCGUAUUUUGAGUCAACUCCUGACCAAGCAGCUAUUCCGUCGCUACCCUAUGCUGAAGGAGAAGUUCCACGCUGUGGUUAUCGCAUUCUUUAAGAAGUGCAUGGAUCCGACCAACAAGCUCGUCAAGGAUUUGAUCAACAUGGAAGCUACAUACGUCAACACCGGCCACCCUGACUUCCUCAAUGGUCACCGUGCCAUGACUCUUGUCAACGAGCGCCAGCAGGCUGCCAAGCCUACCCAGGUCGACCCCAAGACUGGAAAGCCUCUUCCGGGCCGUGCUCAGAGUCCCUCCCUGGACACUACCGGUGAGGCCCAAAACGGCAGUGGCUUCUUCGGCAGCUUCUGGGCUUCCAAGAACAAGAAGAAGAUGGCCCUGAUGGAGGCUCCUCCCCCGACUCUGAAGGCCUCCGCCAGCUUGUCUGAGCGUGAAGCCACCGAGGUUGAGGUUAUUAAGCUUCUCAUCACCUCCUACUUCAACAUUGUCAAGCGUACCAUGAUUGACAUGGUCCCCAAGGCUGUCAUGUACACCCUGGUCCAGUUCACCAAGGACGAAAUGCAACGCGAACUCUUGGAGAACAUGUACCGCAACAACGAGCUCGACGAUCUACUCAAGGAGAGCGACUACACAGUCCGCCGACGAAAGGAAUGCCAACAAAUGGUGGAGAGCCUGGGUCGCGCCAGCGAGAUCGUCAGCCAAGUCCAGUAA